CCCCCCCGUCUCGGUGUCGCUCCCCGGUGCGGCUCGGGUGUCCCGGAGCGGAUCCGGUUUCCCGCUGCAAUCUCACCCCGGCAGCGGGGGAUCGGAUUCGGGGGCGGCGGAGUGUGAGGGGGGGGACACACCGGCACCGGGCACCGGGCACCGGCAGCAUGUUCCUCUUCUUCCGUGGCUCGCCCCGCCGCGCCCCCGGUAGCCCCCUGCCCGCAGCCCCCCCGGGGCCGCCCCGCCGGACCCCCCCGGGACCGAAGCCCCCCCCUCAGCCCCUCCGGUCCCGGGGGCGGCGGAGCCCCGGGGAGGGGGGUCCGGGUCGCUGCCGUGCGAGCACCGAGGAGCCGGGCCCCGAGGUGCCCCCCGCCGGUGGGCAGGACGGGAGGCAGCGCUGCGGCCCCCCCGGCCCCCAGGAGGGCGAGGAGGCGGCGGAGGCCGCGCAGUCGCCGCCGUUGCAGAACUACUCGGUGCUGCACGGGCUGGUGGGGCCGGCCUGCAUCUUCCUCCGCCAGAGCAUCGCCAUCACCCAGCUGGACCGAGAGCUGCGGCCGGAGGAGAUCGAAGAGCUGAAGCAAGCUUUCCGGGAGUUCGACAAGGACCGGGACGGCUACAUCAGCUACAAGGACCUGGGCGAGUGCAUGCGGACCAUGGGCUACAUGCCCACCGAGAUGGAGCUCAUCGAGCUGUCCCAGCAGAUCACAGGCGGCAAGGUGGAUUUUGAUGACUUCGUGGAGCUGAUGGGCCCCAAGAUGCUGGCAGAGACGGCGGAUAUGAUCGGCAUCAAGGAGCUGCGCGACGCCUUCCGCGAGUUCGACACCAAUGGGGACGGGCAGAUCAGCAUGGCCGAGCUGCGGGAGGCCAUGCGCAAGCUGCUGGGGCAGCAGCUCAACCCCCGCGAGGUGGACGAGAUCCUCAAGGACGUGGAUCUCAACGGGGACGGGCUGGUGGACUUCGAAGCCACCAGCGUCCCCUCGCCGUCAGGCUCCGCGCCCGGCGCCGCCGCCGCCCCGUUCCGGCCGCUCUUCAACGACUUCGGGCCGCCCUCCAUGGGUUACGUGCAGGCCAUGAAGCCCCCCGGUGCCCCGGGCUCGCAGAGCACCUACACCGACCUGCUGUCCGUCAUCGAGGAGAUGGGCAAGGAGAUCCGGCCCACCUACGCCGGCAGCAAGAGCGCCAUGGAACGGCUCAAGCGGGGUAUCAUCCACGCGCGGGCGCUGGUGCGGGAGUGCCUGGCCGAGACAGAGCGCAACGCCCGCACGUGACGGCCGCCCCCGGUGUCCCCCCCACCCUGUCCCCGUCCCCGGGACCGGAGCCCCGCCGGUGGCCCCUACGCGCACAGGGCCGCCCCCGGGGCUCCCCCCCCUUGACCCCCCCUCUUGCCCUCC